AGUUUUUAAGAAGAAUUUGAAAAAUGUGGUUGGUUAUGUUAUGGUGCUUAUUCAACAAAAAUAUAAGCUUGCUAAAAGUUUGUGAUGAAAGUUCACCGUGAUGAAGAAUGGACGAUAGAUUUUCGUGUUAACCCAGUGUAUUAGUUCUAAGUGUAACCAAAAUGAUUAACACGGUGUAGUUUCAAUUUAUACACAUUUGUACAAUAUGCAUGGUUUGGUUUAGUAGGAAAUAUGUCGUCAACGAAGCAAGGAAGGAUACGGUUGAUGAUGCUGUUGAACCUGAUUUAUGUAUAAACAUGAAAUUGGAAAACUAGAAUAGAAUAUUAAACCUUAAAAUAAAAAAUAAAAAAUGAGGUUAUCCGUCAAGAGAACGCUAUCAAUAGCAGGUGGUACUGUAGGCUGUUUGCUUGUUCUUCUAAACAUUUACAUAGACACACCUCGUGUACUUUACAUAGAUGUUCAGGAUAUAUUAAACUUGAGUUCCCCUGAAGAUAAUGUAGAGACCGUAGAGCCAGUGGACUUGAGUAUUCCUUCAGUAGAAAAUAGACCUUGGUUUAUGCGAAAGGGAAAAUUAAGACCAGAGAACUGUGAGAUUGACGAAAAUGGAAAGAGAUUAAUAAAUCUAUUUCCUGAGGAAGAGUCAGGGGACAGGAUGCUGAACCAGCUGAUGUAUGUACCCCCAGCAGAUGAACUACCAGACCAGGAAGACGCUGAUGCUCCCUUGAAGAAGAUAUUAUUAUGGAACGGUGGCUCUGCUUGGGGAGGAACAAAACCUGGCCGAGGACUCUUCCUUAAGAUGAAAUGUCCAGUUUCAUCUUGUGCAAUAUCAACCAGUAGAAGAGACAGCGGUACAGCAGACUUGAUUAUAUUCAAGGAUCAUUUCGUUAUGCCUGGAUUUGAUCGACCUGUAAACCAGCUCUGGAUGAUGUAUAUGUUAGAAUGUCCACUAAACACCCAGAUGUUCAGGCACAAAGAAGUAUUUAACUGGACUGCAACUUAUAGAUCUGAUUCAACUCUUGUUACUCCGUACGAAAGAUGGGGAUAUUACAAUCCUAAUGUAAAAUCUCUAAUCCAACCCAAGAAUUAUGCAGAAAAUAAGACUAAACAAGUUGCCUGGUUUGUUUCCAACUGCGCAGCUAGGAAUGGAAGAUUAGAGUAUGCUAAGGAGUUGAGUAAGCAUAUUUAUGUGGAUAUCUAUGGUUAAUCUUGUGGUAUANUCAGCUGCUUUAGAUUUGAUGAAAACUGUCUCCAUCUCCUGGAUACAACUUACAAGUUCUAUUUGGCGUUUGAGAACUCUAACUGUGUAGACUACAUUACAGAGAAGUUUUAUGUCAAUGGUCUCAGUCAUAAUGUUCUGCCUAUUGUGAUGGGCGCAAGGCCUGAAGACUAUGAGCGCAGUGCCCCGCACAAAUCGUUUCUCCACGUGGACAAUUUCGCUUCCCCUGCAGCACUAGCUGAAUACCUCCACGUGUUAGACAAAGACGACACGCUUUACAAUGAGUAUUUUCAAUGGAAGGGAACUGGUGAAAUGAUUGAUACUAAAUUCUUUUGUCGAAUGUGUUCUCUUCUGCAUGAUAAAAAGGAUCGGGGUGAUUCUGGUUUCUACUCUGAUAUCAACACCUGGUGGAGAGGGGAAGGUACUUGUGUUAAUGGUUCAUGGACUGCUUUCGCUAAAGCAAUGGCUAAGGCGAAACUGAAGAAAAGAAAUAACUCUACUAUUGUUUAAAUAACAAGUGAUAAAACAUUAAAAAGUGAUAACAUGGAGAUAUUAAAAAAAAACACAAUAUUUUUAAAAACGAAAUAAAGUUUUAAUAGAUUUUUUGCUCAAGCUACUGCAGGGACGUUUGGAGUGACAAGUAACAAUUGGCAUAUCUUGAACAUCAUAAUUUAUUCAUACAUUAAUCCAUCUUUUAUGGCUUAAUCGGAUAUACUUACUAUUCCAUAAUCUAUGCUUAAGUUAUACUAUAAUUUGAAAUGUAUAGUGUUCAAUAUAACAGACAAUCCUACCUAAAGACGAGGUAUUAAAUAUCUAUGAUAGUUUAUAUAUUUAUCAUGUUGUUAUGUUAUGCAACAAAAUAAAACUGGGGUUCCAGGUUUAUCUUACUUAUACUUGUAGCUAAAUCAGCUGACCUAUGCGUAAUGUUCAUAUUAUGAUUGGCUGUAGCUAUAUCUGUGCUCAAUGCUCAUAGUAUGCUUGAAAGCAUUCAUUAAAAUUUUAGCGAAUGACUACCUGUGAUUAAUUUGUUUUAAAUUAAAAUAUUUUUAUUAAAAUUUCUGUGAUAUUCUAAGUUUUUUUCUUAUGUAAAUUUUGAAAAGUUGAACUUGAAGCAACAUGUUGCGAUCACGUUGUUUGAUUGUUAAUUUUCUAAACCACAAAUACAAAAAUUAACUAUCAUACAGUGAUAACUAGAAAACUUUAUAGCAAUAAUUAAGUGUUUUUGAUGUUGUUAUAAAGCGAAUAUUUUUACUAUAAGACACUUAUUAAACAACUAAUUAAGUGAAAUGAGUCUGUUUACACUGCACAAUUGCUUUGUUCCAUACUUACUUGACUAUUUAAAGUGAUAAAUUGAGUGUAAAAGUUGUUUUGCUAUUUCAGAGUUUUCUUGUUAUCACUGUAGGAAAACUGAGCAUUUGCCUCAAACUUUUUUUAUUGUAUCUCUGCAACCUGAUGUCGUAUGCCUUUGAUAUUUAAAACCUUGAAUUUAUGCUAUUAUUUAUGGCCUAAGGUUACACAAUCAGGCUGCAAAGAAAUAUAGAGUUUGAGGCAAGUGUUCAGACUUAUUCUUUUAUAAAAAUUUAAAGAAAAUCUUUUAACUUUUUGAGAUUGAGAAAUUUUUUGAUUCAGCUCAAAAUAAAAUUUGUGAGAAUUGUGGAAUUAUUAACUUUGACCCUUUUGUUUUGAUUUAUUAAUUUUUUUUCAUGCUUCGUUUUAUGAGAAAUGUGUCAUUUUUUUCGCGCAAUAAAGAAGU